AUGGAUGAAGGAAAUAUCGAUUUUAUCAAAAAAUUAUUGUUUGAUAAUGUUCUUGGUAGUAUAGAGUCAUCACCACAUACAGAUAAACAACGUCGAUGGCGUGCUAAGAAAAAAGAUCAACAUCAUCGUACUCAAUUAUCUCUACAUCAUUUACUAGUUGAACAAAUUGUAAAUAACUUAUUCUAAUUGAGCUAGCUCAACACACAACGAUGAUGAAGUUUGAAAAAAUAAGUAUUUUUUUUGAUAAUUAAAAUUUUGUUUUUUUUGUAUUAAAAACUGAAACUGCUUUAAUAACAUGUGAAAUUAAAAGUAUUUUUUUGUUUUUUUUUUACAUUUUUUUGUACAUGGUGUGCAAAGCUUAUAAUAAAAUGAUAUGAAAAAGAGAGUAAUAAGAACCUACAAAAGGCUUUUUUAAUGUGACCAGAAUCAGGCAAGAAACACAAGAAAUAAGAAACAGACAAGAAUCUUAGAAAAAAAGAAUCAGGCAAGAACAUCAAGAAAAAUAAGAAUCAGACAAGAAUUCAAGAAAAGCAAGAAUCAGACAAGAAAGCAAGAAUACAAGAAUCUUGUCUGGAGAAGAACUUCUUGCCUCACCAGCCAAGAUUCGGUCUACACGAAUCUUGUCAGAAAGGCAAGAUCAGUCUUUUCAGGCAAGAAUCUUGUAUAGAAGGAAUGGAAAAAGAAUCUUGUCUGAAAACCAAGAAAAACAAGAACCUGGAAAGAAUAGGGCAAGAUCGUCGACUAGUGCAUGUUCUUGAAAUUCCAAAAUAGUUUAACAAUUAAUAAUAAUUUGAAAGUGUUUUGACCAUUUCCUAAUUUGAUUUCCAAACAAAAAAAAUUUACUAAAACUUUAUAGUACAAUAAUAUAAAGAGAGAGAUCAAUUUUUCUAAAACAGUACAGCUCUGUUAAAAAUUGGUUGAGUAUCUCAUGGGAUACCUUAUCAACAAGUUCAAAAGCAAUUGUACUCACGCGCUAAAUGAUACUAAAAUGUAUAAUAUGUGUUUUAGAUGUUCACACUCAGUUUUAUCAUGUAUUUAUCGAUAACAGGCUUGGUUAAUGUUUUCUAACUUGUGCAUCAUUAUGUGCAUCAAUGGAGCGUAACAUCUUGAUAAUGUAGGUAGUUCUUUUUCUUGGUAUACACUAGUAAUUGGAGGUGCUUGUUUUUUUCACUAUAUUCUUCACCUAUGCGUGUUUUUUCUUACUCUACGUCCCGUGCUGCUAUGAAAUGAAAACUUUGCACCUUUAUUUUCGUAUACCAACGCAUGCAAGUCAGAUGUCAAAAUUUUUGUUGUCACACAGGAAAAACAAACUAAUAGCCUUUUGACCUCUAAUAUGAGAAAAGUUAGUAAUGAAUUGUUCGCUGGAAGAAUUUUUCAUAUGAAUGACUCGUUCUAUCGACUAGAAAAAAACAUCUUAUGACACAAAAAUUGAUCGAAAUUAAAUCGACACAAUUCCUGAAGAAGUCCUCGUAUUAUUAUGCUUUUAUUCCAUUCUCAAAGAGCAUAUGAUAAUGAACUAUGGACAGUCUCUUCAAUACUUUUCUAGAAACGAUGUUCAAAAACACCAUUUUUCUUAAAAUGUCGUUCCUUUUCUUUCAAAAAGUUUCAGUUUUAGUCACCAUCUCUGUUAGAGCUGUUUUUGAUAGUAGAAGUUUGAAGAAAGCUUUUGAACUUAAUUCAUUUAAUUUUUUUGCCAGAAAACUAUCGAAGACUAUAAGUUUUAGUGAAUAUCUAAAAAUUUUUGGUUUCACGAAAACUGUACUACUACAAGUAUAUAGUCGACUAUAAAGAAUGUAGGUGUGGAUUCAGAGAAGACUUCAAUCCUUA